CUGUUUUCCUUCAGAGUUUUGCUUGAAUUUGCGAGUCUUGUUUACUUCUUCUUGCACGAUGAAUAAAAUUGUAUUUACGGCUGUUCAACCCACGAGAAUCCUGGCAAGUAAUCUGAUAAAUUACAGUCCUCUUGGAAAAUCUCAGAAAUUGCUCCACUCCACGGACUCAAAGGACUCUGGAGGCGAUGGCGAGCCUUCCAGGAAAAAGGACACACCUCGUUUGGAUGAGUUGAGGAAGAAACUGAGGGAAAAGACUCCAAUUGAGAGCCUCGAGCAGGGAAAUGAGACCACAGUAGUGAAUAAGGAUUUCCCGCCUUUCCCCAACAACACAAAUCCUGAGACUGGGGAAAUCGGAGGACCAAGAGGACCAGAACCGACCCGUUAUGGUGAUUGGGAGCGGAAGGGACGAGUUUCAGACUUUUGAGUAGUUUUUUUUCGAUUUAGAGUGAAUUUGAAUGUAAAUUUGGCAACAGCGCGAAUGGUGUAAAAUGUCAAAAUAGAAACUGUCAAGUGCA